ACAUUUAGCAUGUUUGUUCUAUUUGAGAAGGAUAUGGGAAGAGGCGAGAGCUUGCCCUUCCCCUAUAUAUCUAUGGAGAGAAGAAGAGAAGUGUUGUUUGUUAUGAUCUCUAUAAGAGAAGGGAAUAGGUGACAGCAAUGACGAGUACCAUGUGAGAACGAGGAGAAAGUAAGUCAUGCAGAAGAGACGGCAUUGGAGUGCAUGUGAGCAUUAAAAAUAUAUUGAUCUAAAGUCACCAUUUAUCCUCCAUAAUCGUAUUUUGACGUCGUUAAAAAUACUCAUGCCUCCUGAAAAGCUCAAACUUAGUCGAAGGCAAACCUACGUAUUGAAGUCCAGGUCGUUCUCAUGUAAAUCUUUACAAAUGCGAAACUUGGUCUCUUCACCACAACAUCUCCCGGUUGACCUUGAUGCAUUUGGCUGCAUGUUGCCAAAAUCCGGCGUUGAUGUUACUUCCUGCAACAGAAUGAUUAUUGAUUUCUCAAAAGCCAGAGAUUUUGUUUCCGCUCGUAAAUUGUUCGACAAUAUGCCUGAACGAGAUCUGGUCACGUGGAAUUCAAUGAUGACAGUUUAUUUCAGGAACGAAUGUUGUAAAGAAGUGCUUGAAUUGUUUUUGGCGUUGCAGAUAUCCCAGUUCAAGCCCAAUUGUACUUCAUUUUCGAUGGUUUUAAAUUCAUGUGGAAAGAUCAGAGCUUUAGUUCAUGGGAGGACGAUUCAUGGGCUUUCCAUAAAGAUGCAAGCUUCCUCCAAUUUGUUCGUAGGUACUUCUCUUAUCACCAUGUAUUCGAGAUGCAGUGUGGCCGAUUGUUUGAGCAAGGUUUUCGAAUGUAUACAUUACCCUAGCACUCCAUCAUGGAAUGCAUUAAUAUCUGGUUUUGUGUGGAAUGGUCAGGUAAGCAAUGCACGCGAGGUAUUUGACAGAAUGCCAAUCAAGAAUGUUGUGUCUUGGACUGCCAUGAUAAGCGGCUAUGUUGAGGUUAAGAAGAUGAGAAUUGCGAUCGAAUUGUUUGAGGCAAUGCCUGUUAAGAAUCAUGUAUCUUGGUGCGUUAUUUUGGGAGGGUUUGUUAAUUGCAGACAAUUUGAUGAAGCUCUUGUAUUCUUCUCAAAGAUGCUGAGUUCUGGAGUUAGAGCUACUGUACCUAGUAUCAUCGUGGUAGCCAAUGCUUGUUCCUUUAAAGGUAACCUUAAGCAAGGUUGCAAAAUCCAUGGUUACAUCAUAAAAUUCGGGUUUCAUCUUGAUCAGAUCAUUGAAGCAUCUUUGGUUUCUAUGUAUUGUCACUGCUUGGAAAUGAAGGAAGCAGAGUUGGAAUUCAGAAAGCUGGAGAUGAAGUACAUUGGUUCUUGGAACGCUUUACUAUAUGGUUAUGUCAAUAACAACAAUUAUAAUAUUUAUGAUGCUCGAAGGUUUUUUGAUAGUAUUGUCAGCAGAGACAAUCUUACAUGGAACUUGAUGAUCAAUGGCUAUUUAAAACAUAAUAAACUUGAUGAUGCUAUGAAGUUGUUCUCGAUGAUGCCUGAACCUACUAUGGAAGUUUUCACUUCUUUAAUGUAUAGUUUCAUUAAAAAUGGAAAUCUGGAAGUAGCUGUGAAAUUGUUCUAUAGGAUGCCUGAACGAGAUGUUGUGGCUUACACAACUCUGGUAUUUGGUUAUUUGGAAAAUGGCCAAUUGGAGGAAGCCAUGGAGCUUUUUAACAAGAUGCCUGUAAAAAAUGUGGUAAGUUAUAAUGUUAUGAUCUCUGGUUUGCUUCUCAGUGGAAAGACAAUGGAGGCUUAUUAUCUCUUCAAAAAGUCUCCAGUGAAGGAUGCUAUUUCCUGGGAUUCUCUGGUCGCAGGGUUUGUUGAGAAUGGAUUUUAUACUGAGGGAAUUCAACUUUAUAAGAAUAUGUUAUUAUCUGAUACAAGGCCUAGUGAGUUAAUUAUAGCCAGCCUUCUCAGAGCAUCUGCAAGGCUAUCCAUAAUUAUGCAUGGGGAGCAAAUUCAUGGGAUGGCAGUCAAGCUAGGUCAUGAAGGUUGCUUAAUAGUUGGUAACUCACUAAUUAACAUGUACGGUAAAUGCGGUAAUAUAUUAAUGGCCAAGUUUGUUUUUGACCAGAUGUCAGAACGGGAUGUUGUGGCAUGGAAUGCUAUAAUUCACAGUAAUGCCUGUAAUGGUUUUGGCAAGGAAGCAAUUGUAAUGUUUAAGAAAAUGAAGAUGAGCCAAAUAAAGCCUGAUGAUAUUACAUUUCUUGGCAUCCUUUUUGCCUGUAACCAUAACUGCCUUUGGGAGGAAGCUCAAGGUUACUUCAACUCAAUGGUGCAUGACUAUGGGAUAAAGCCCAGUUUAGCACAUUAUGCAUGCUUGAUUGAUCUCCUUUGUCGGAUGGGCAUGACCGAGAAGGCAGAAGAGUUGGCUCAUUCAAUGCCAUUUGAGCCUGAUUCUACUGUAUGGACUUCAAUACUGAGCGGUUGCACAUUACAUUGCAAUGUCAAGUUAGCAGAACAUGCAUUUAAUCAGCUGAACUUAUGGGACCCCUUGGAUCGGAUGCCAUAUAUGCAUCUUAUCAGAAUUUAUGAAUCAAUUGGUAGAUGGUCUGAUGUUGAACGCAUAAGAAGUAAAAUGAAUGAACUUACAUCCAUUACAAGAGCUGGCUGCAGCUGGGUUUAGGUUUGCAUUAUGGUAACUCAUAUCAUUGGAUUAAAAUUCUGAAUAACUGCUAUGGUGCAAACAAUGUCAUUCAAAUUAAUGUCAUUCAAGUGUGAUUCUGAUGUGGAAUUCAGUUGAAAUGGUUGCUUGAGCCAGGAGGAGAAAGUACUAUUUUUCAGCCGUAUAAGAUACAGGGACUGUUAAGAUAUCUGAAAAGUUAGAGAUUUGGUGACAUUAUUCUAGCCUUGAUUUUGUGGAAAUGAUUUAUCAAUGUAACGAAGCAUGGAAUUUCAAGUAUAUAAGUGCUUCCCAAUGGCUCCCAACAAACAAAUCUGUUUCAUUUUGAAAACUACAGUGUUUGCAUGAUCUGGUGGUGCUGUAAAGCUGGAGCCUGCCUGAGCUAGGAAGUGUAAGUGCUGUUCAUGAAGAGUUUUGUGGCGUUGCUUUUUUUGCAUAUUUGAAAAUUAUUCCUCGCGUAACCACAUUAGUAUUGCUUCAAGUAUGACUUCAGCGUGUAACCGUGUUAGUGUGUCCUAUGGUGAAUAGUGCAUGUGCGAGCUAUGUGUCCUAACAUGCCACAAGAGUAACACCUAACACCAAGGAAUGAGUUUACUAAUCUAUGUGGGUGAUGACGUCUAUUUUUAGGUUUAUGUGAUGCAUACUGUGUUGAGGGGUUGUGCCACUGAGUUAGUGAGGGUGAUGAUUUAUUAUUCUCAAGUGCAGUAAAUUUUUGCUCUCAAAAAUUCAUUUGUAUUUUUAUAGCUUGCCACUUCUAGUUUUAGUGCAUGCUCACUACUAUGUAAUUAACAUGCAAAUUCUUCUAAUUCCUUAAAUGUUCUUUCUAGCUCAA